GCAAAUUGAGCGCAGACGUGGUGUGGUGGUGUCUCCAAAUUCAUUUCCCGGUUAACUAAUCGCCUUGAGACAAAGAUGGGACGGAUCGUUUUCGCCGAGGAGCGACACUUCGACUACCUCAAUUCCCUUGGAAGUCCGGAUGGUUACAGCGUGGGUCUUGUUCUCGGUCAGAGUACUGCACAAAAAGAUUUUGUGGUACACUUAGCGAGAACACUGCCUGCUGCUAACAUAGAUGUCAUAGAAGAAUCUCUAUUAGUGUCUCCAAUGAAUGGUUCAGAAAGUACUGCAAAUAAUUAUAUGAAAUCAAUUAAGGAUCUUGAUCUGAAUUUAGUGGCUGAUCAUGCUAAACAUGUGACUAGAAUGUUACCAGGUGGUAUGUGGGUAUUAGGAAUAUUUAUUGUAGGUCCUGGUGAUUGCUUUAAUGACAGUAAUUGUAUAUCAAAGAUAAGAUCAGUUUUGACUGCUAUACAAAGGAAUUUAGCAUCAAAUGUUUACUUAUAUGGUAAUAGUAAUCAGGAAAAUCUCAUAUUGAGUUAUAAUAGUAGCACAGAUCAAUAUGUUUGUAAGUCCACUGAUGCAAAUACAGGAGGAAUUUUAAAACCAGCUGAUUGGAAGUUUCAAAAAAAGGCUACGAAGUGGCAUCAGCUUGAAGCUUUAGUUGAUCUGGAUCAUAUCUUUCCAAUUUUAGAUGGAGCAUCUCAUACAUUAAAAAGACAACUCCAGGAUAUUGUGAAAAACAUAUCUGAUAUGAUCAGCUCUUCCCUCAUAAUAAUUGAAGGUGAAUCGAGAUCAUCAGAAGAUUUAAUAGAAGCCAUUGGCAAAAAGAAACGAACUAAGAAAGUUAGAAGUGAAGAAGAAGAAGAAAAAAUUUUGCAAGUUGGAGUGUAUUUGCCUUGUACUCACAAAGAAAAAAAAGGAACAGUGAGAAUAGUAUCUUGUAGUGCAUCAAUGCGCUUGAUGGGUCAGUUGGUUAGCAGAAUAGUAUUACAUCAAAAAGCAAGUAUAAAUGAAGCCACCAAUGCUAUGAAACAAGAUAUUCUUCGUUCGUUAGCUAGUAGAUUAGAAUUACAUUGGGACAGUGUGAUAGAGGAAGAAAAUGGUUCUCCUGAAGAAAAUAUCACUCUACAUGAACCACCGAGACGAGUAUUAGUAGAAUUACCACAAAGUAAAGUUACUUUAUCUGAUUAUCUUUUCCCUGGUGAAGGGCCACAAGAAUCUUUGAUUUUGCUUAAAGAAUUAUUGGAUCUUGAAGUUUCUGAAAAUCAAAUUCAAAAAGAUGUUGAACGACAAGUUGAUCCAGCAGAAUUUUACAGUCAAAAUGAAGUUAAAACAGUUCCUGUAGAUCUUGGCAAGGAAACAGUAAGCAACAAUCAUGUUACAGCAUAUAUAGCAGUUAUUGUAAUGGCAAUAAUCAUUGCCUUAUUUGGAAUAUUGGUGAAUGAGUUAUACUCUGUUAAAGGCUCAUAAUUCAAUUGAUGAUAGAAGUUUAAUAAAAGUGUAAAAAUAUAUGAAUUUUUGGUGAACUGUAAAAAACUUGAACUGUCACAGUUACAUUUAAUUUAUAUAUAAGAGAGAUACACAAAUACUACAUUUUAAUUUUAAUUUAAUGUGAAAUAAGUUUUUUAAAAUCAAUUAACAUUUUAAUAGGAAAAAAUCGUAAGAAAAAACUAUAUACCACCGUCAGUCACUAAGAUAUAUUUUGAAUAUUUUAUACUUUUUAAAUACUAUUGAACGGUAUAAUUUUCUUUAAAAUUUUAGUAUUUAUAUUCAAUUUUAAAAAAUUUAAGUGCAAAGUGAUCAACAAUUGUAUAUAUGUAAUGGAAAUAUAUUUAUAAUAAAAGUUGUG